GAAUUUUCCUCUUUUUUUUUGCACGAGGUACAACAACGGAAAUGUUUUAUUGACACCUGCGCUAGAACCGUGAACUGAACUUCCUCUGCUCCGUUUGGUUUUGCAACUGCGUUUCCUCGUCUUCGUCAUUUUUUUCUGCUGCUUGGAAGUCAGUCAGUACUUCUGCGACUCUGACGGUGACCCGUCUUUGACAAUUUCCUUCAAAAACACCAAAGAAUUAGGAGAUAUAUUACCUUCAGCACUCUACCAAGUUCGAGCUCAUCUAUUGCGCACUUGCUUUCCGAGCAAAAAGCUACUGCUGUAAAGAAUUCUCUGAAUUUGAGCAUCUGACCCAUCGAUCUGUCAAAAUGGCCGUCAUUCCCUGCGACCCGACCUCCAGCUUCUUCGGCUUCAUGGGGGUAACCUCUGCCAUCGUGUUCGCGAACCUGGGAGCCGCCUACGGGACCGCCAAGUCCGGGGUCGGAAUCAUGUCUAUGGGUGUGCUGCGACCUGAAUUGAUGAUGAAGUCCAUCAUCCCGGUGGUCAUGGCUGGUAAAGCUGUUUUGUAGACGUCGACCAGUGCUUGUCUGUAGUGCAUGUUGAUCAUAUUCGCCCGUGUCUAUGCGGCAGAAGUAUCCAGGAGCUGCAAAACAUAAUUGCAAUCAAAAAAAAAAAAACUAAAUCAGGUGUGUUGGGUAUCUACGGAUUGAUCACAUCCGUGAUUAUCAACGAAAAGCUAAACGAACCCGCCAAAUACUCCGCCUACCAGGGGUAUACUUCCACAUUUUUGAAUGAUGAAAAACAAAAAUCGUCUUUUGGACGUCGAAGGUGUUAUGGAAGAAUCACGUUAUUUUGAUAUUAACGCUUUCAUGCGCGCAUCCCAAAACAAGGAACUCUGACUCACGUCACCCUUACCACAGUUUCGCCCACCUCGGUGCCGGCCUCACCGUCGGGAUGUCUUCUCUCGCUGCGGGUCUCGCCAUUGGUAUUGUGGGCGACGCCGGUGUCCGCGCCAACGCCCAGCAAACCCGCCUCUUCGUCGGCAUGAUCCUGAUUCUGAUCUUCGCCGAAGCCUUGGGCCUGUAUGGCUUGAUCAUCGGAUUGGUGGUUGCUUCCGGUGCCGGCAACGCCAGCGGGCUCUGCACGCCCUACAGCGGUUAAGUGGUGGUGCAAUUUAUCUUCGUAGACACCUCCGCGGCGUGCACCUGCGCGAGGACUACGAAUGCAGCAUCAGUUUCUGUUGCGGACGGAGAAAGUGCGACCUCAAGUAACUUUUCUUUUUCCGCAGGGAAAAGGGUGGGAAGGCAAAUCCGGCUUCUCAACGUAGGAAUUUUCGCUUUCGCGGUUGUGUUACUUCUCUGUAAGUACUUUGAUUACUUUUCUUGCUUGAUUUCUUUGUCAACAGCGUCAUCUUCUUCUAGAACUAGGUGGCCGACUUCCUAUCUUGUCAGGGGCUGUUUGGAAAGUUGAAAAGUUCAUGGAUCCGGAAGCGACGAAAAAUUAUACACAGCUAUAACUGAAGUUCUUACGAUCUGAGCGUAGUUCAUUUACCACGAUCAAGCUCGAACGAAGAUCACGCACUGCGUGGUAAUUCGUUCUGGUAAGAAGUGGCGGAGGGCUUUGAAGAUGAUUAUUUUCACAUGAACGAAGGGAAGAUAAUUCCAACGCACAGCACUAGUUUUUUCUCUCGCCAACCUUCUUCGAAAGAACCGUUCAU